AUGGAUGUGCGCGACAAGCUAACGUUGGCGCACCCGCCUACAACCUGGAGCACCCCGAGCAGCGUCAUCACGCCGAGUGCUUUACCAGUCGUCAGACCAUUCCACAAUUUCGCCGUCGGACCCACUGUGUCUCCAGCCUCGCGCAUUGCUACCCACACCGCCAUGCAGGUCUCCGAAAGCUCCAACCAGUUCGCUAAUGAUAUCGAUGACACUAAGGACAAGGCCGCACUCUCGUUCAUUCUUUCGUCAUCCGACUCCGAAUCGGAUACUGAAGACGCCGACACCGAGAUGCGCAACUCCCUUACUGGACCCAAUGUUGCUAAGCGGAAGCGUACAGUGACGCCUUCAACUUCUGAAGCUGCAGCCCCCGUCCGGAAAGGUAGCAAGUUCUGUACCGUCGAAGGGUGCACCAGUCGCGCUAAACAUGCUAAGCGCUGCUGGAAGCACGGUGGGUCUGUAAAGUGUAAGAUUCCGGACUGUAUUAACCGGGCCAAGAGCAAGGGCGUGUGCUGGUCCCAUGGUGGUGGCACGGUCUGUUCGUUUGAGACUUGCGAUACGAUCGCUGUAUCGAAUGGUUUCUGCUGGGCUCACGGCGGCGGCAAGCGCUGCCAAGUGUCGGAUUGCUCCAAGCCGGCGUAUGAGCGCACGCAGAACUAUUGCCAGACGCACUUCGAAGAAUUGGGUGUCGCUGGAACUACUAGCUAG